AUGGCUGUUAAACGAGCUCAAGCUACAUUGGAGGAAGCUGAAAGACAGCGGAUGCUUGCAAGGGAAAGAAGCGCUACCAGAAGAGCUGUCUUUACACCCGAACAACCUGAACGAGAGCGUAAACUUGCACGAGAAAGAAGUGCAACUAGAAGAGCUGCUUUAACAUCAGAACAGAAAGUUUUCGAAGCACUUCAAUGGCUUAGACAGAAUAAUGCUCUAUAUCGUAAUGUUACAAUUAAUCAAUCAAUAAUCAGCAAAUUACCUGACGAUGAUGUACCGGAGUGUUUGUGGGCAACUAUGGAAAUUUCUACUAAUGUAGAAGCAGCUGAAAAUGAAAGAGCAAGUUACAUUCCUGAUCCGUUGACCAAUGCAUCUGAAUUUAACAAUAGAACAGCUAUACCUAUAAUCUCAAGUGCUGUGUUAGAUGUCAAUGGUACCAAAGUGUCGUCUGAUGAAGUUGCUAAACAUCUUUUAGAACGAAUCAAAGCACAAGUGCCAGAAAAAACACACGGAAAAGACACCGAGCAAAACUCUAAACAAGACACUGUAUACAUAAUUCCUCGUGGCAACAAACCGGCCAAUGAAUAUUCUAAUCCAAAUCUUUUAUUAGGAAUCUUUCCCACCUUAUUCCCAUAUGGAUGUGGUGGGCUUGAGGAUGGUUCUCGACCAAUUCAAAUCAAUUUUCGUGAGCAUCUCAGAUAUCUUCUUUCGUACGCAGAUCGCCGCUUUGAAGAACACUACUCAUUUAUAUUCCUUGUCUUCAAUAUUUUACAACGCCGAACAGCAUGUUUCCACGCCCAAUUAAUGACAACAAGAUCAUGGUUUCAACAAUCUGCACAAGUUCGUAACUCAUUGAGUUCUGAAGAUGCAGCAACAGCCCUUAUUAAUAUCUCAAAAGCGCCUUAUUCAAAAGUUACUGACGAGAGAAUAAAUACGUUGAUGAAGCACAUCAAAAUUAUUGGUGGUCACGUCAUGGGUUCAGCUCAUUCCCGAUCAGCUCUUCUGCUGGGCGGUGUAUUUGGUCUUGCAAAAGCGUAUUUCGGCACUGUAGAGAGUCAAGGAAGAGGAUCGCUCCAUUUACAUCUCGUGAUUUGGCUCAAUCAUGAAUAUACUCCAGCACAAUUGAAAGAAAAUAUUCAAAAUCAAGAUUUUCGUGAAAAUUUACUAAAUUAUUUAGAAGAUAUUAAAAAAGAAGCUUUAGAUUCGUUUCGAGAUGAAACCAACGACGGAGCAAGUACGACAAGCGAUGAUAGAACAUUAAUUGGACAAAUUGAAUCGACAGCAAGUGAAGUUAUACCACCAUGUCUCCCGACACCAAAUCCUGCAUUGGAAGGCUUCGAUCAAACGUUUCGCAAAGAUGCAGUUCAAUUGGUCGAAACCUGCAAUAUUCACAAGCAUUUUGCAGCUUGCUAUAAAUAUUCUAAAGGCAAAAAUGAGAGUUCAAAAAUUUGUCGAAGGCGCAUGCCACGUGCACUAGUGAAGAAGGCUAUCGAUAAAUCGGAUCGUCAUUUACUAAAAAAUGUAACCGAUCCUCAGGGCCAACAAUUACCUACAGAAGGAACGAAAAUGAAUGAACGUCAUACAUUUGACAGCGUACAUCCACAAUCAACAUCUCAUCUCAUAAUUAAACGUUCCAUUCCAGUAGUACCAGUUCUGACAGGUCCUCAAAUACCUCGCCGCGAACGAGAAGAAACACAUGAACGUUAUUGUCGCGCGUUGUUAACAUUAUUCAUGCCAUGGCGAUCAGUCCAGAACCUUUGUGCAACGAAUGAGACAUGGUCUGAAGCAUUGGAAGCUCGAAGGCUGUUGAUCUCUCCCAACUCGCUUAAGAUUAUAGAAAAUAUAGAACUUUUGCACGAAUGCAAACACGAUCGGGAUGAACAUCUUCAUCAAGUUCUUUUAGAAGCCCAAAACGACAACAGCAUUGACCCUAUUUUGAUGCCUAAUUACUAUGAAGGCGACGAAAAUGCAGAAGAAGACGAUCCUGAACAACUUUUGAAAAUGCCCUCCAUCGUAAAUGAGAUCACGACAAACACUUACUCUGCAUUGGCAGCUACUCAAGAACAACGCUAUGUUCAUGAUGCAUUACAAGCAAUUGAUAAUACAGAUAGAUUUGCAUUACUAAAUGACAGCAGACACAUUUGGCACCAAAAUAAUUAUGGCACCAUACACGACGUCCACACAUUUGUCGUAGCUCGCAAGCAUCAUACGACCAUGAUUAAAGAGUGGAAACGUGAUAUUGAAGCCCGACGAGACGAAACAAGGAACUAUUUAAUUUCAGGUGAAGAUACUCUGGAAGUACGAGAUGAUGAAACACAGAUUGAAGUCGUAGGUGCUGAAAUUCCAACAAGCCCAAUUAAAACGAAAGCUACGAGAGUCCUACCUGUAACUGCAACCAAUUUGGUUUUAUUUUCCACAAAACAGAAUAUCGUCAAACAAUUUACACUAAAUACUCAGCAAAAAUAUGCUUUCAUGAUUAUAACUAGUCACUUAGAUGGCGAAAAUCAUGCUCAUACCGGUAUAUUUUCUUGA